AUGGCCUUACUUGGGAGGCUGCUUAGUGUGCAUUUGAUGUCAAUGGUACUACUGGUGGCUAUAGAAGCAUCAUCAUCAUCAUCUGAUCCUCCUCAAGCCAAGCCUGGAUGCCUCAGCCGGUGUGGUAAUCUUAUAAUCCCGUAUCCUUUCGGGAUAGGGGAUGAUUGUUAUCUGCGAGAAGGUUUCAAAAUCACUUGCGACGAAUCUGCUCAACCCCCAAGAGCAAUAUUGGCGGAUAGUAGUAUCAUUGCUACUAACAUAUCCCUGAAUGAAGGUCAGCUACAAAUUUGGAACACCAUAGGCUACGAUUGUUAUGAUGAACAAGGAGGGAAUCAAACGGAAAGCAUGCGCAAUUCCCAAUCACUCCGGCUGAAUCCUCCUUUCACCAUUAGUGCCAAGAACAAGUUCAUUGCAGUUGGUUGCGACACUUCUGCACUUUUCAGAGGGAACUUUCUUCACCCUUACGAGGAAGGGAGGCACAUACUUGCGUGCAUGUCCGUAUGUAACAAUCUUGCCGGUGCUGUUAACGGCUCCUGCUCCCUCGGUGCUAGCGUUGGGUGUUGCCAAAUUCCGAUCCCUAACGGUCUCCAAAAUUUUACUCUCACUUUGGGUAGCUUCCUUGAGUACAAGGACGUCGCAUGGAAUUUCAACCGAUGCAGCUACUCCUUCAUCGUGGAAGAAGGCGAGUUCACAUUCUUACCGAAUACAAGUUUUCAAGAACUAUCCAAGACUCAACAACUUCCGAUGAUUGUUGAUUGGGAAAUUCAGGAUGGGGGUUGCGCUGAAGCUAAAAAAAGAAAGGAUUAUGCAUGCAAGGGAAUUAGCAAGUGUGCGAACCGGACUGUCAACUUACUGACUGAACCGUCUGGUUACUAUUGCCAGUGCCCGAUAGGCUUCGAAGGGAAUCCAUAUCUCUCACCCCCAGGUGGUUGCCGAGAUGUUAAUGAGUGCCUAGCUCCAGCAAAUCCCUGCAACAAUGGUAAGUGCAUAAACUUGGCUGGAAGUUACAGGUGUUCAUGUCGGAAAGGUUUCAGAAACAAAGACCACAAGACUUGCAUACAAAACAAUAAUCCAACACCGAAGAACAAGUCCCUGAAAAUAUCGUUGGGCGUCAGUUUAGGCUUCUCAGUUUUACUGGCUGUAAUAAUAUGGAUUCACUGGGGAAUGAAUAACAGGAGGGUUAUCAAACUUAAAGAGAAGUACUUCAAAGAAAAUGGGGGAGCAAUGUUGCAACAACAACUCGCUCGUCAUGGAGGAAGGUUAGACACAACAAGAGUCUUUACUGCAGAAGAACUUGAGAAGGCCUCAAACAAUUACCAUGAAAGUAGAGUCAUCGGUGAAGGAGGCUAUGGAACCGUUUAUAAAGGAACAUUACCGGAUAACAAAAUGGUGGCCAUAAAGAAGUCUAAAGUUGCUGCCAGAACUCAAAAUGAUCAAUUUGUUAACGAGGUGAUUUUUCUCUCUCAAAUAAACCAUAGAAAUGUGGUGAGACUUCUAGGUUGUUGUUUUGAGACAGAAGUGCCUUUACUAGUGUACGAGUACAUCACCAAUGGCACUCUCUCUGAGCAUUUGUUCAGUAAUAGAAAGGGCAAAAGAUCAUCACUACUUCCGUGGGAAUUGCGAUUGAAUAUAGCAUCAGAAACUGCAGGAGCACUCGCAUACUUACACUCUUCCAUUUCCACACCAAUCAUACACCGAGAUGUGAAAACAACAAACAUAUUGCUGGACGAAAACUACACAGCCAAAGUGUCAGAUUUCGGAGCUUCGCGUUUCAUUCCUCUAGAUCAAACCGAAGUAGCUACAUUAGUGCAAGGGACAAUGGGAUACUUGGAUCCUGAGUAUCUCCAAUCGAAUACGUUGACAGAAAAGAGCGAUGUCUAUAGCUUUGGAGUCGUCCUAGCUGAGCUAUUAACAGGCAAAGUUGCACUUUCUUUUGCCAGGCCCGAGUCAGAAAGAAGCUUAGCAUAUUUGUUUGUUUCCUCAAUUGAAAAACAAUGCCUGAUUCAAAUUCUUGAUGCUGAGAUGGUGAACGAGGGAAAUGUCGAGACGAUUGAGCAGGUGGCAAAUUUAGCAAAAAUUUGUCUAAGGGUAAGAGGGGAGGAAAGGCCUACAAUGAAAGAAGUGGCCGCGGAGUUGGAUGGAAUGAGAAUUGCAGCAAAACAUCCAUGGAAAAAUGAUGAUUUAUGCGCAGGGGAGACUGAGUACUUGUUGGGGUCUCCUAAAACCAAGGCUUACAUUGAAGGUGAAGGUGAAGUAAUUUCUACAUCUGCACAAGCCUUGCCUAACUGCCCCGAUCGCUGCGGUGAUGUGAAAAUCCCAUAUCCAUUUGGCAUUGUUGAAGGUUGUUACCUGCGAGAUGAGUUUUCUAUCAACUGUACUAGUACUGAAGACAAUGCCGGCCUAGUAGCAAAACUCAACAGUCCUUUCUCAUCGUCACCAACAUCACCAUUGACUGAUCUCAUUGUUACUGACAUAAACCUCGACAGUCCUGAGUUGCGUGUCCGGUCCUCGGUAUACAGAGACUGCGGCGGAGGAGAGACCCUGAACCAGUGGCUACGGUUGCCCUCUCCUUUUGCAUUUUCCACCAAGAACAUCUUCUUUGCCGUCGGCUGUGCCACUUUUGCAAAAUAUCGAGGUUACCAAUAUCGUCCCUCUGGCAGGAUGCUGACCCCAUAUGAAGAUCAAGCCUACAACAAAAGCGGCUUCGCUGUAACGCAAUGUGAUGAUAGUCUUGGCACCUCUUGCUCUGGCAAUGGCUGUUCGCAAGCUUCAAUCCCGAGUGGACUGCAAAAUUUCACUGUAGAGUCUUUGUUAACCAUCAGUAUAAUUAGGGUCCAUGUCCCUAUAUGGGGAAACUGGUCCAGUAAACACCUAGAGUUAGAGUGCAACUAUGGAUUCCUUGCGGAACAAGGCUACUUCUCAUCCUCCCCAAAUAUAAGUUAUGUCGAACUCCGAAUGUACAGAAGUCUGCCGGUCCCAACGACAACGGUGGUUAACUGGCAAAUUGGGGAUGUGCCAUGUGAAGAAGCUCAAAAGAACAAGGGAAAUUAUGCUUGCAAGGGAAAUAGCAUCUGCGUAAAUCGGUCCAAUGUCAGUGAGGGUGGAUAUGAAUCAUAUGAUGGAUGGCCUCUAGGCUACAUUUGCCGGUGCUUGCCGGGUUACCAAGGGAAUCCAUAUCUUCCAGACGGUUGUCAAGAUAUCAAUGAAUGCCAGAGCUCAAAGCCCUGUAGGAUAGAAGAACACUGCGUAUCUCUGCAUCAGUACUCUUUAUGA